AUGCUCUCGCCGUCAAGGCUCGUGACGGGGGUCUUUGUCCUUGCCCUGGCCCUGGCAGCCGCGCCAGUCGUCUUCUGGCCGCUCGGUGGCGGGGUGCCCGAGCCGGCUGCCGAGACCCUGCAUGGCGUACUGUACGGCCAUGGCCUGCUGACAGUGGGAGAGGUCAAUGGCACGGCAUCCGGUCCGUAUGCGCUGUUGCUGCAUACUAUGGGCAAGGCGAUGUCGGUGCCGGCGCUGGAGAUGGACAAAGCCAUGGUGUACGCUGCCGUCCGCGUGGCGCAGAUGGUGGUUGUCACCGCCGCACUUGUCGCCGCCGUCUCAUCCAUCGUUGUCCUCCCGCUCGCCGGCGUGGUGGUUGUACUGUUUGUCACGGGCGUGGCGUUCAACGAUGUCAUUCUUGCUGCAAUGACGAGCCUUGACGAGGGCGCGCUGGUGCUGGCGCUGGGCGUGCUGGCGCUUGCCGGCUUUCUUACCUUUGAUGUCAAGCUGUACGCGGCGUGCUCGGUCCUCGCUGCGUUGCUCUCACCAGCGUACACUGUGCUCCUCGCGCUACAGCUGCUGAGCAUGUACAUUGGCCUCGAGCCGCAGCGGUGGCACAAGAUGUGGGCCACGCCGCGGUCGACCUGGCUCUCGCCGAUCUGCUUUGGCGCGUUAAUGGUGAUCGGCGCCGACACGGUGGCCACCGGCGCAACCGACAAGCUUGCGUGGUUCUCGUGGUAUGGCAAGCUUGCCUUUGGCUACACCGUUCCCGCCGAAGCAUUUGUUGACGGCUCGCAGCCGACGAUGACCGAGCUACUGUUUUCGGGCAACACGGCGUGCGUCUCUGUCCUGUUUCUGGCGAGUAUCGCGCUCCUCCCGUAUUUUGGCCCGCGGUGGUGCAUUCCGGUUCCUUACCUGCUCUGGGCAGCUGCACUGAGCAGCUGGCCGAGUUAUGCGAUCGGGCACGCCGCGCUUGUAGUCUUUGUAGCUGUUCUCACCGUUGCCAUCAGCGUCACCGACAUGCUGUGGAGAGUGGUCCUCUCGCGCAGCAGCGCAGCGGAGGCCAGCGACGGCGAUAGCGAAGGCCAGGGGGUGUUUGGCGCGCCGCCGGCGCGGCGGCCGCCGCAACUGCGCAAGGCCAAGAGCUUCAAGCGGCGCAAGCCGCGUGCGGCCGGCUCGUCGUCUGCGGGCUCGUUUUGCGGCUCACGCGAGGGCGCUGUCCGGCUCAUCCUCGCCGUUGCUGGGCUGGCGUAUGUCGGCACGCUCCUUGCCGGCGUCCUGCUUUCGACGAGCGCGUCGGCUAUGGCGCAGAACGAGUUCUUUGCCACCAAGCUACCGCGUGCGCUAGCGGGCGCGUCGCGCUCGAGCCGCGGCGACGCGUGCGCUACCAACAUCGAGAGCCCUUCGUGGCUCCUACCAGCCACAUGCAAGACGCCGGUAGUGAUCAGCCUUGGUGAGCCGCUGUACCCGACGUACUACGCCGAGGUGGUGCGGGCACGGGCGGCCCCGCAGCCGCACAUGGCGCGAAUGGUGCUGCCGUUUGAGGUAGGAUCGCAGUACGCCAAACUGUGGACAACCCGCAGUUCCGCGGAGGCGGUGGCGCUACCGGAAGAGCUCGCGUUCGACAGCUUCGACGAGGCUGCGAUCGCCGAGAUGAUGGCGGAGACGAGCACGAGCGCCGCAGGCGUUGACCCUCAAUUUCUCGUCGCGCCGCCGUCGGCACGGAUGCGGAUCCACACCAUGGGCCGCGGCGCCGCCGGUGGCACCGGACGCGAGGUCGAAGAGGUGGAGCGGGUGUUGCGCCUGGCGUCGCCGCAGCGGGCGGCGGCCGCGCUCCGUGACGUCCAGUUUUUGGUUCUCCACGACCAUGCUGCACCGCGGACAGCAACACCUUCGUUGCGCGAGGCGCUCGCGUACGCCGCGCUCGAGGGCAUCAACACGACCGCCAUUGUCGACACAGACGCCGACGCCGUGCCGUCGCUCGAGCUUCUGCGGUGGCACGCUGCGCUCGGCGCCCAUCUCACCACACACUAUGAGCUGGUGGCACAGGCGCUUGCAGCGGCGCCGGCCCCGAUGGCGAGGAAGGACGAGCCUGGUGUCGUUGCCUCGCAGCUCUGGGUUGCCAAGCAGUAG